UCGGAGUCGGGCUCUCCGGCUCGCGCGCCCCGUUGCCCCUGCACCACCAUCCAGGCUGGCCCGCUCCUAGCACCGCCGCUGCAGCGGACACGAGGGAGGCGGAGGCGGAGGAGGAAGAAGAGGAGGAGGAGGAGGAGGAGGCUGAUCCUCUGCCCGAGCGGCUGCCGUCCCCGCUGCGCCGCCGCCGCCAGACGCAAGGUGCUGCUCCGGCAGUCGGAGCUCCGCAGGGAUGAUCCUAGAAAUGCUUCCUUCGAAUCCUCUACUACUCCAUCUUAAACUCCUUUACUUUUCCUCAGUUUCUCCUUUCUGCACCUCCCUCUGCAUUUGUCUGUUCCACUGUUGGGUUCCCUACCGCCAAGUAGCUUUUGUGUGUGUUACAAGGAAUCUGGACAGUGUCCCAGGUAUUUCCCAGGCAGCCUGAGUCGGGCUGGCCCCAUCCCAGCCAUCCUGCGCCCGCCGCCCGCCAUGAUGCAGCCGCCCCUGGAUCUCAAGCCUUUCCUCUCGUUCCCCAUGGAAGCGCAGCCAGCUGUGGGCCUCUUCCCAGGUUUCAACACGGUAAGGCCGUGGCUGCUUCCGGCCCAGGAGGUGCAGGCUCGGAUGGACCCAGUGCAAAAGGCGGUGAUCAACCAUACGUUCGGAGUACCUGUAGCCAAGGCCAAGCGCCCCAUUAUCUCUUGCAAUGUCUGCCAGAUCCGCUUCAAUUCUGAGAGCCAAGCCGAAGCACAUUACAAGGGGAAUCGCCAUGCCCGGCGAGUAAAGGGAAUUGAGGCAGCUCGGACGCGGCAGAAGGAAUCAGGAGCCCGCGAGGGAGAUAAGCCGGGGCCAGUGGGCAGCCCGUCCUCUAGCACUGGGGAGAGCGAUUCCGAUCGUACAGCCGAGCAACUCAACGGCGUCGGGGGUUCAGGGGUGGUGCCCCUCAUGCCAGCACCCCGGUCUCCAGACAAGCAGCCCUCCCUGGCAUCGCCGGCAGUGGCGGUGGCCCCUCUCACAGCCCCCUGCCCUGAGCCCAGCCAGAGCUCCAAGAGUGGGCCAACCUGGGGGACCAAAGCGGGGGAGAUAUCUACGACGGUUGCGGCACCAGCCCCUGCAGGGACGGCGCCCAGUAGCAACGGCAGCACCAAGCCUGAUGAAGAGAAGGCCAAGAAGCUGUUGUACUGUGCACUAUGUAAGGUGGCUGUCAACUCGCUCUCUCAACUCGAGGCCCACAACAAAGGUACAAAGCACAAGACUAUCCUGGAAGCGCGCAGCGGGUUGGGUCCUAUCAAGGCAUAUCCACGCCUCAGCCCCAUGACUGGAGGGGAGCCAGGCAAUCAAGAUCCCAGUGCUCAGGAGAGAACCUUCCACUGUGAAAUCUGCAAUGUCAAAGUCAACUCGGAGAUUCAGCUCAAACAGCACAUUUCCAGUCGGCGACACCGGGAUGGCAUAGCUGGGAAGCCCAACCCUCUGUUGAGUCGGCACAAGAAGCAGCGAGGCAUGGCAGAGCUGCCAGGCUCCCUGGCCUUCACCAAGGAGCUCCCCAAGUCACUGGCAGCUGGGCUGCUGCACAAUCCACUGGCUGUAGCAGCAGCCAUGGCAGCCGCUGCUUCCACGCCCCUGACAUUGCGACCAGCCCCAACGCCAGCGCUGCUGCAGGGCCCACCUCUGACGCAUCCGCUCCUGCGCCCAGCUCCGGGGCCCAUCCGAACUGCACAUGGACCCAUCCUCUUCUCGCCGUACUGAUGCCGCCUGUCUGCCCACCUGCCUGCCACAAUCCCAGGACUCCUGGCACCACUGGAACCGCCCCCUGGCAACUAGCAACCAGCCCUGGCAACGUCGCACGGCGUCCAGCCUCAUCCAAUGGGAGCGAUUUACCUUUUUUUGUUUUUCUUUUUAACUGGAAAUGGAAUUAUUUUUCUGAGAAGAGAAAAGGGACAAUCCCACCCCUCUACACACAUACUACCCUGCUCUCAAUCCCAUCCGGGGUCCCGGCCAAAUCUGCACAAGUGCUGGGUUCUCCCACGGGCUGGGCCGGGGUGUGUUCCUUUGUGCGUGUGCGUGUACGCAUGUGUGUCAGUCCCAUCUCCCGAGGUACGAAAGGUUGGAGUAUGGUAGCGCCUCGCCCAGGACUCCGCGGAGCAUUGGAAGGGGAGGCAGUUCUGGUACCUCAGGGACUGAUCAGCAAGCAAUCUCCUUUCAUCCCAGAGUUAAGGGGGCCCCUCCCGGCCCCCUCACUCAUACAAGCCAUUGUCCACUUGCACUGAGAGGUGGAGGGGGUGUAUGUCUGUGCGUGUGUCUUUGUGUGCGUGUGUGAGAGUGUGCGAGACAGAAGAUAGGGCCUCCAGAAAAAGAGCCCCUACUGCAAUAAUGCUGGCCGGCACCUCCAUGUACAUAUAGCCUGGUUUUCCCUCCUGCCCUUCCCUGUGCUGGCCCUCCCCUCACUGCGCUUCCAUGCAACGGGGCUCCCUUGGGACUCUGGUAAUUCUGCAACCACUCCACCUCGACAAGAGACUGGCAGAGGAAGAACUGUGCUCCCAAUUGCCAUGCCCCCCCCGCCCCCAGCCAUCUUGCUGCACUAAGAAGCAGACCAAUAGAGCCCAGCGUAGACAACGUCUUCUCUUCAGAGCUCUGUACCUGGAUCAAGCACGCCUGCUCUCCGCCCCCCUCCCCUCCCCACAAUGAAAAAGGAAGGUCAAGUGAAACUAGGCUGUUUGCUUUGAAUUUUCAUUUUUUUAAAUUGACUGUGGUUUUUGGGUUUAAACUUGAUUCUUUAAUCAGAUCUGGAGGUUCCACAAAGGCGUCCUCAUCUGAGUUUGGAAUAAUGUGUGCCAUGGGAACAUGGCUAAGGGGGGGAGGGGGUAAGGCACGGGACUCCAGAGCAGGAGUUUUUAUUCAUUUGGCCAGGAGUGUCGGUUGUUUAGCAUAGACUCCCAGCCCCUCAGUGAAGAAGGGUAGGGACAUCCCAUAAGGCUCUGCUUGCAUCUGUCUCCCUCAGCCUGUAGGCCUUUCCUUUGGGUAGUUUGUGCCGUUGCCAUGGUAACACAACAUCUUCCCUCUCUCCUUACCGCUUCUCUAGAUUUGAGUCCCCGGGUCUUCUGCUCCUUUCUUGAGUGGGUGGGACAUGAACAGGGAGGCCAGGUCAUUUCCUGAAGAUUAAACAGCCUCUUCUUCUCCCCUCACCCCAAAGGCCUAACCCCACCCAGAGCACAUAAUAUUCCAGAUGUUUGUUAAAUUCCCUGGCACACAUCCUAGUUGGCUCACAUUGGUGGAUUGUGUCUAUGUGCGUGCAUUCAUUUGUGUGUUGAUUAACGGAGCGACUGAGGUUUUCUCUCUCUCUCGCUCGCUCUUUCUCUCACACACGCACACCACAGUCUGCAGUUUCCCUACUCCCUGAGCAGAACAAUGCAAGGCCCAGGACAGAAUCUCAUCGCCCAGGGAGGAUGGUCUUCCACGCCAUGGCCGCGCACUGGCCACAGUACUCUCCCUUGCCCUGUGUCCCUUACGAAACUGUGACUGAAGUUCAGAGCAAUAGAGAUACUGGCAUGCGGGAGGGAAGGGGACCCACCUCUCCAUUCCUGGCUGGCAUGAAUCACGCCAGGCCUGCCCCCAUGUUACCUCAGACCAUAAGUCAACCUGUCCCUCUCCCUGUUCUGUCCCCUCCCCCAUGUCCUAUUCACCCCAGAGUGUCUGUCUCUCAGUCCACCAUCUGUCUAUCCAUGCUAGACUCUCCGCCUCCCGGACCCUCUCUUUUUCUUGCUGAUACCAAUGCCUUUCUGCUUCAUCCCAGGUAGCACCUUCUACCCCCUCCCCUCCCUGAGAACAAUAAAAGAAGUGAUAAGGCUCAUUCA